GAGAGGGUGGAAUGGGAAAACGAGAGAAGCAGAAACAGAGGCAUGAGAGAAGGUCCUUCAACUAUUAUCUAGAAGAUGAUGACAGCGCUCCCCACCCUUACCAACCCUCCCCUUCUUCUUCCUCUUCUCCAAGGCAUGAAGAAGAGAAGGACCUUGAAGAAAAAGAAGAAGAAGAAGAAGACGCUGAUGAUGACAUCAAUGGGGGAGAAGAAGACGAAGCAAAAAAUCAAGAAAACACAUCACUUAAUAUGCCUUCCAAGUUCCUCCUUUACCAACAAUCUGUGCAGUCUCCCAAAGGAGACAUAAGUUAUAUGCAAAAGUUCUUUCUCAUGUACGUGGGUGGAAGGAUGCCCCUCCAUCUUCAAGAAGAUUUCUGUGGCACUGCGUUUCUUAGUACAGAAUGGCUCCGCAGUGAUCCAAGAAGGACAGCAGUAGGAUUAGAUUUGGAUCUUGAGGCACUUAAUUGGUGCAUGGAAAACAAUAUACCUAAACUUGGGGCUGAUGGUUUUUCUAGAAUAUCCCUCUUUCAUGGGAAUGUCCUACAACCUCUUCAGUCUAAACUUGUGAGAAUGGAUCCCCAGGAGCUGGUAAGCCACAUUUCACUGUCACAGAACAGAGAGAAUCUGCAGACCAGUGUGCCGGAAUCUGAUGUUCAAACAGGCUCUGCUGCUCAAGAUGAUAAGUUUACUAAGAGAAACUUUCCACUGCCGGGAAGAGAUAUUGUGUGUGCUUUUAACUACAGCUGCUGUUGUCUCCAUAAACGAGCAGAUUUGGUUUUGUAUUUCAAGCAUGCUCGUGAUGCCUUGUCAACUGAAGGUGGAAUUUUUGUGAUGGAUUUAUAUGGGGGUACAUCUUCAGAGCACAAGUUAAGGCUUCAGAGAAGAUUUCCUAAUUUUACGUAUGUAUGGGAGCAAGCUGAAUUUGAUAUUAUUCAGCGGAAAACAAGGAUUAGCCUCCAUUUUCAUAUCAAGAAGCAGCAGAGAAAACUUCGCCAUGCAUUUUCAUACAGCUGGCGGCUCAUAAGAGGUGUCUUCAGGUGGACGUUGCCUGAGAUCAGGGAUUGCUUAGAAGAGGCUGGAUUUCGGUCUGUUCACUUUUGGGUUCGAGAGAUGCCAGACACCACAGAGAUUGUACGAACAGAGGGAUUUGGUGUGGGAAAGGAUGUAAAAUAUGAAGAGGCAACAAGUUUUCAGCAACAAGAUUCUUGGAAUGCUUACAUAGUUGGUGUUGCAUAGCUUCAUCUUAGAAAGUCUAAUUUAGUUUCUGUUGCAUUAAUUUUUUCAUAACUAGACAAUUAUCCCUUGUAAUCAGUUUUACUGCUUGGAACUUUCUUUCCUUCUUUAAUUUUUAGUUGAGUUGGAUUUAUGAAUCACAACAAACAAUUUU